AUCAUCUUAUUCGGGCUCGGCUCCAACAUCUUCAACAUCAACGUCUUCACCAGAAUGGGACUGAAAGACGGCGUCACUGUAUCUCUGUUUGCACUGGCCAUUUCUGACUUUUCGUAUCUGUUGAUCAGCGCGAUGAGGCGGUCCGCUACCAUCGUUAACUUAUUCCCCGAGGUGGCUCCCAAGGCGUUCAGUCUUUCUGAUGUUGUCUACGCCAGUUUCUGGUACAGCAAGGUCUUCUACGACAUAUCCACGUUGAUUCGGGUCUACACCGCCGUGGCCAGAGCGUGCUGCGUGGCCAUUCCGCUAACCUUUAAAAACAUUUUCACAAAGAAUGUUACCAUUUACGUGGUGUGUGCCGUGUCUUCUGCUUCACUUGCGAUUCGCGUCCCAAUGCUGGCGUGCCAAGGUUUUCAGAGCGUCUUUGAUAGUAAGACUAACGUCACGAGAUUGGUACUUUACUUUAACUCCCUAAGACCAGCGGCUCUCGCUGUUACCGACAUCGUCAACAGAAACAUCAUCGCCUGGGGAACUAUCAUCAUUGUUCUUAUUUCCCUCUUUGUUCUGAAAUAUAAUCUUGUUUCUGCGGCUAAAUUUAGACACGGAAGAAAAUCUGGACGCGUGACAUCCUCCAAUGAAAAUCCGAGCAAUUUUCUCGUCGGUAAAGAUCUCCAGGUGGUGAGGGUGGUGAUACUCGUGUCCAUCAUCUUCAUCAUCUGCAAUGUCCGCCAGCCAUCCCAGCUGUAGUAAGACGGAUAAUGCCCGAUUACACCAGUGACAUGCGCAUUGAAAAUGUCUUAGAGGCUAUUACAAUCCUUCUUGACACCGUCUCGUACAUCAACUCAAGUCUUAACUUUUUAGUCUACUAUUUUUUCAAUACUAAAUUC